GUAUUGAUGUCGCUGGCUCCGCUCAGAGCAGUCGUCCCUAUUCCCAGGCGACGUGAACGCAGCACGAGGUAACUUCCUGGCAGCAGGUAGUUGCCGCGAGCAGGAAGUUGUUCAUGAAUGCGCAGCGGCUUCCGGGCGCACGGCGCGGCCACUCACGAGUCCCCCGCGAGCUCGCGGCGCUUCUGGAGAUGGUGUGAUAUCCUUCUUUCAUGGCGGAAGGCUCUUCUUCCACCUGAGAGUAGGAGAAACAAGGCGACGGCCAUGAUCCUCCGAGCGGUCGUCGUUGUGCUGUGUGCGUCGCUCGCGUCCCCGCUGCGGGUGCUGAGCCCCCUGCGCUGCCCGCGACAGGAUUUGAGGUGCACCGUCCACACAAGUAACUGUCUGGACACUAGCUGGCUGGACGUGAACAAGUACACUCCCAGCAGACCGGAGGAGCUGCAGGUGUCUGUGGACACCCGGCGGGACGAGGCGGGACGCCUGCUGCCUGUCCUCGGCGCCAACUGGACGCUAACGGAUGACGGCAGCAUCAGUUUCCUGAAGGCCACGGAGCUGCACGUCCUGGUGAUGUCCACCAAUCUGAACCUGUGUGUUCGAUAUACUUUCAAAGACACGCUCACAAUGAGAAGUCCAACCGGGGAAAAGUGGUUGUUGUCCGCAAACAUGGUGGUGCUGGAGCCCGGUCACAGAUACCAGGUCUCCGUGGUGAACAUCCCCAAACCUGAGAUUGGCCACAGCGGCUACGACGUCAGCAAGGAGCUCAUUGUUCCUGGUUGUCAAGAUGCCACAAUGCAGAUGACCCAGUUUUGCGUGGAGAGAGGAAGUCUAUGGCAGGCGAACAUAAGUCUGGCUAAAGUCCCCGCGGUGGAGGGCGGGUCUGCGCUGGCGGUCAGCUUCAGUCCUGACAGACUCUGCGAGGAGUACAUGGUCAUUGUUCGCUGCUCCGCUGUUCAUCAGCACGUAGACCGUGUAUACAAGGCCAACCACACAACUCUGAAUGUGACAUUCAGCCUUAGUAAAUGGCCCACAUCCUGCUGCCAGUUCGACGUCGAGGUCAAACCGAUUUUCCCACAAUGUGGCCAGGACUGUGCCCGGCAAGGGAGAACUCAGGAUAUUUGUCAUGUAAAUCCACCAGACAAGCAGGAUGUUCCUUUGUACACAUUCGUCACCCUGGGAGUGGUGUUAAUGUGUGUAGUGAUGACAAUUGUUAUGUGCGUGCUUUGCAGGAAGCCAGGCAAAAUUGUCGCUGCAGCACCUGUGCAGGGUGACAAACUGCCACAGCAGCAGCUUAAACAACCUCCCAAAGUGCUGGUCAUCUACUCUCAGGACCACUACCUCUACAGGGACAUAGUGCUCAAGCUCUGCGCCUUCCUCCAGAUCAAGUGUGGCACCAAGGUGCUGGUGGAUUUGCUAGACUCCACCUCGGUUGGCUUGGUGGGUCGCCUCCGCUGGCUCGAGUGGCAACGGCAACAGCUGAAAAAUCCCUCUGACAAAAUCCUGGUCCUGUGCUCGCAAGGCGUCCAGGCAAAGUGGAGGGCCUUGUGCGGUCAAGGCCGGGUAACACUGAGGGAGGACCUUGUCUCCCCCACAGACGACAUGCUCACCCCCUUUCUCCACCUUUUCCUACCAGACAUGCACCAGGCGGGCAUGCUGGGCAAGUACAUGGUGGCGUACUUCGACGACGUCAGCAGCAAACAAGACAUACCAUCGGUUUUUGACAUCACAGUCAAAUAUAAGCUGAUGAAACACUUCGAAGAGCUGUACUUCCGCAUUGUGGACAUUGAAAAGUAUCAGCCGGAUCAGGUCAACCACAUUCCAGGCAUCGGAGGGGACGAAUAUUUCAAUUGUCCCUCAGGCAAAGCCCUGAAGAAUGCCAUCGAAACUUUCCAGGCCUACCAGUUGGAAAAUCCUGACUGGUUUGAGAAGGAGUGUGUGGAUUGUGAGGAGGAGGUCAUGACUGAGGCCAACCUUCUGAUUGACAAGCUGCAUAUCCCUCCAGUCCUAAAGUGUGUCCCUCAAAUCAGAGAUGGCCCUCCUGUCUACAUCCAUGAGGUAGAAAUCACAGAAAAUUGUAACAGUGUUCAUGUCCUUACACCUGAACUCAACCCACCGCACCCCCUGUCGUCAGUGGUAGAAGUGACACCAGAAGUAAACCUUGAGUACAACUAUCAGCAUCCAUCGAACCUGGAGGACGUGUUGACCGAUCACAUGUACCCUCACAGCCCCAGACCGGAAUCUGUCUACAUAGUUGAACCUGUUUUAAACAAGCCUCUAUCACCAAGACAGAAGUGGCUCGCCCUUGAGGAACAACCACUGGGCCAAGUUCCCACUGAGGAUGAUGAAGAAGAUUCAUUGGUGCCAACAAGCCAACUCUCUGCUCAUUUGGACUUGAGAGGCUCGGACCUACAGAAUUUCCCUGACUCAAAUCCUCAAGAAUCCUCAUGUGCAGACAUGCAGAGUGAAUAUUUCCCUCCAUCUGAAGUCAGCUUGUCCCUGCCAGUGAAGAUGGAUGACAAUGAGUUUCUGGGCCCUAGUCGAAAGGGUCCAAACAGUGGAUCUGAUCAAGGGUAUAUCUCUAAAAUGUCCUCCCAGCACGAAUCCCCCUUCAAAGAGGAUCCACUGGUGGCUCUAGCAAGGCUGCAGGAGGAGCUGUUUCAGCAAGAUCUCACAUACUCUGACAUGGGUCCUGAAGGCAACUGAUGCUCAUUGUCCAAAGUCCACCUGCAGCAAUAGGUGCCAAACGCUCCCAAUUUAAAGCGACAUUACCUUUGUGAUCAUCUUACAUAUAGGAGGGAGCAAGAGCUCCAGACACUACGAGGAAUUGGACAUCGCCAAUCCAGUGCCUAUGGCCAGUGAAGUGUGGGGCUCAUAUAUUAGAGGUUUAUUUACAAGUUUGUUAAAUUCAAUAAUCCAUACAUUACUAAUGUGUCAAUUGCCUUCAUGGAACAAAGAAGUGACUUACACAGGGAUGGGGGAACUGCACAUGUAGACUUGUUGUUGUGGAUGUUGCCCCUUGUGUUGGACCCCAUGGACAUAUUCAUCUGGACUCUGUUUCAUGGUGCCGGCGUCUAGUGGUCACGGGAGUAACUGAAUCUUUAUGAACUUCUCCUUGAGGUUCAGCACUUAGACAGGAGGCUACAAAGCUGGAUAUUCAACCAAGCAGAGAAGGAUCUGCUCAGUGGACCCCAGAUCCUCAGGAGAUUGGGAAGUUCCAGGUUCACAAUCUAGGAAUCUAGUACAACACUUUCUAGUGAAUGGUGCAUGGGAGUCUUAAGAUAACACCUGUGUGCUCACGCAAACCUGAAGCCCCAUCCUGUAGAGAUGUAGCCUGAGAACACUUAGUUGAAAUCUGGUUUUAAGUCCUUUGAUAACUUCUGUUUAUAUUUUGCUAAAAUGGUAUUUUUUACCGCAUAUAUUAGUUUUUAAUCAAGACUCAUACUGAAUCUAACAGCACUUGUCUUUGCUUCAGGGUUAAUGAUUUUUCCUCAGUUAUAAAAAAAGCAUAAUAAACAAACACUUUGUACAGUA